AUGGACGAAGAGAACAGUACAUCCGAUACAGUUAAUCUCGAUGAGCUCGCGGCCAAUAUCAAGACAUCCAUAGCUCAAUUGGUAGAUGUCUCUUUUUCCAAUGAUCCUCUACCAGUAUUGUUAGAUCUCCAGGACCCUGUAGCAAAAUGUGGACUAGACGAGUCUGAUCUCAACAAUCUCUUCGAUUUGAUCUUUGACUUGAAGAAGGCUGCCGUCCUCAACAAUACUGAUAAGAAGUUUGUUAUUAAAAGUCUACUACUUCCUCGUCCUGGAAGUUACCCAGCUAUGGAUAUAGUCUACAGAAUCCUAAGCAAUAUUGGAACUCCGCAGAGUAUCUACAAAGAUGGGUCUACCGCUAAACUACGAUUACUCCCUACAGCAAUUCAACUUCAACUACUUGAUUGGUUGGUUUGUUCACUUCAUUUGUUUGGCCCUCAGGUAUACACUUCGUUGCGUAGAAUGCUUCCUAUCUUAUUCAAAUUGAUAACAUAUGAGUACCUGCGUCCCUACAUAGCAAACAUCAUAUUUCUUACUAUACUGAGCAGUUCAACUUCAGUUGAGACAUACCUAAACAGACGAAAUAUCGGGCGUAUCAAUUCGUGGAAACCGUGGCAUGUCCAAUUGGUAGUUGACCUUUUCGGAAGAUUUCCGUUGGAUGAGUACCUCAAAAGUUUACUAAUUCUAUUCAAGACAUUGGAUCCAACUAUUGAUUUCAACAAGUUUGGAAAAGACAUUGCUUAUGAUAUGAAUAAGUUAGUACUAACGUCGUCACGACCAUUUGUUUAUCCCAACUUUGAUUACCUCAGUCGAUUGAAAGAAUUGAAAUACAUCAAUGAUAUUUCCAGCCAUAACAGCCUGGCAACAAUCCUUCAAGAUAAUCUAGACAAAUACCGAAAUUUCAGCCGUGCUAUGAACAGAAACAAGAGACAAAAAUUUAACAACAAUACUGUUGCAAUAGACAUCGAUACCCUUGAUUUUCAUAACUCUAGUAAUGAUACUGCCAUAACUGAAGUGCACUCAUUUGAAGCAUUGGUGCAAUCUUUAGAUAAAAUCAAACACAUAAACAUUCGACUGAUAUUCACUAGCGACUGGGACCAAGGUUAUCUUGCAAUGGCAAAGAGGUACUACUGUAUCCUAUCCAAUUUGACAGUAAAUGACUCCAGUGAAGCUUUAAAGAAAUUAGACUUUUUCAUCCGUCUCAGUAUACUUGAUGACAAUAUAAACAUCAAAGAACUUUCGUCAUUUUGCGAUAGAUUAUGUCAGUUCUUGCUACUUGGGGCGGAUACCAUCAUUUUACCACUGGUAAAAGAUUACGUUAUGUUCAACUAUAGUGCCCAGCCCAUAGGUUCAGAUGAAACUAAUGUCGAGUACUAUAAUCUCAAGGAAAGGCUUAAACUUUUGAAAUUUUUGCCAAUGGUUGCUGAACAGGAAUUUCAAAACUCAGUACUUAAUCCUAUUCUUGCAUUAUUGUCAAGAGCUACUAGACACAGAUUACUCAAAUUGAGAAAGGAAUGUACUCUGCAAUUCAUUACAGAGUUGAUGUUCAUAUUUUCCAAGUGGUACGACCAAGUCAAGGAUUUGAACACUUACAAAGAACAGAAGUUCAAUUAUUUUGCCAUUAUUAACCAGUCGCUUCCUAAGUUAUAUGCAUUUCUUCUGGACAUCUACAAAACAGAAAGUGAUUUUUCAAAUUUCUUGUUGAUACAAGUGCUAAGAUUUGUGAGGAGCAUUGAAGAAGAUGAUGUGAACGAGCUCUUUAAUGACAGUAGUAUCAUGCUUCCUCAAAUACUAGUACAUACUUUAUUGUUCAAGAGUAACCCCUUCUUGUUUUCCGAGUUGUGUGGUUUCAUAGCUUGGACCAAGAGGUAUAGUCACAGGGAUUUGAACAAUAGAUCCAUCCAGAAUUCUUACAUUAUGGACACGCUCAAUUUCAUAUGGAGAGACAAGGCAUUUCAUCUUGAAAAAUCAGCUUCUUCUCCUAGCAAAGCUUUUCAAUUGAAUUCAGAUUUCGUCACCGCAAUCUCCAGUUCGCAUAUGUUCAAUUCUGUAAGUACUGGCUCAUUAAGCAAAGUAGGCAACCUCUUUGUGAACCCAGCCUGGUCAUAUAUUGUGGCUCAGCUCGUCUGGGGCUUUGAAGAUGGAAAUGACAGCAUUACAACGAGACACCAGGGUCCCAUUAGUAAAGAAAGCAUCGAUCAACUCAAUGGAGACUCCGAUGUGAGAUGGUUAUCGGUGAACUACGACGAGUUAAAGCUAAAGAUUCUUCAAGAAUUAGACGCUCUUGGAUUUACAGGGUUCUGUGAUUUGCUUUUCGGUUCGUUGAAACCACUUCUGGGAAAGAGAAAGCACAGUAUCGAAACAAUAUACUGA